AUGGCGAGGUUCAUUACUGGAUUCGCAUUGCCUAUGCUUCUUCUAACAGCAUCCAUAGUUAACUGGAGUUUGAUAUCUUUGCUUGAUUUGAUAGCAUUCCUUUUCAUUCAGUACACUGCUUCUAGAAAGGGGUCUCGCUUCCAUCAACAAUAUUUGAUAUCAUGGUCUGGGCUAAUAUUAUCUGCCCUGAUACUACUCUCGCAUGCCAUUUUUCAUAUUGUUUUGGCCAUUGAGGGGGAUCAGUGGAGUACUGCUGAUGCUCAGUGGGCUCAGCUACUUGGAUUUAUAAGAGUGCAGUCUUGGAGGACUUUUUCUAUAGAGUGUUUUUUGGUCAUGCAAGUGUUAGCAACCUUCCUUUCUCUACUUGAAAUAUAUGGAAGUUGGUUUGGUCUAGAUGCAUGGAGAGAUUUUCAUUCGGAGCAUCUGCGUUCUUCUGUUGUCAAGAUAGGAUCUCGUCUCAAGGGCCUUUGCUACCUAUUGUUGCCUGCUAUACAAUUAAUUGCAGGGAUUAGUCAUGUAUCUUUGGUUUCUUUGCCCUUUUUCAUUUGUAGCUGUGUAGGGCUCGUCGAUUGGUCAUUGACAAGCAAUUAUUUUGGCAUCUUUCGGUGGUGGAGAUUCCUUCUGUUUUAUGCUGGCUUCAAUAUCAUUUUGUUGUAUAUGAAUCAACUUCCUAUUGAAUUCCCAGAGACCUUUAGGUGGAUCUUUUACCAUGUUGGGCUGUUCAAACUUUCUACAAAGUCAGAAUGGUCAGAAGUUUGUUCUGGUCUUUCACUUCUACUUUUCUACAUUAUGCUAUCUUGGAUUAGAAGUGAGCUGGCCGAAAUGGAAAUCAUCAAAUCAACAAGAGAAAUUGACUUGACCGAGCAGCUUCUUCCCAAAAUGCAUUCUUAUUUUGUUAUAGAAUCCAGGUCUGAUGUGAGGCAUACCAAUUUCUUAUUCCAAGGAGCUGUGUCUCGGACAUUUAGUAUUAACUUUCUAACAUAUGGUUUUCCGAUUUCCUUGCUGGCCCUAUCAUUCUGGACUUUCCACUUUGCAAGUCUGUGUUCAUUUGGAUUGCUUGGUUAUGUGGGAUACAUCUUGUAUGCCUUCCCUUCCAUGUUUCGAUUGCACCAAUUAAAUGGCAUGCUUCUUGUUUUCAUUCUGUUUUGGGCAACCAGCACAUAUGUCUUCAAUGUUGCUUUCACUGUCUCCAAUAACAAACCAUGGAAGGAUAUGGAGAUAUGGGAAACUAUAGGCUUGUGGCAUUACUCUAUCCCAGGAUACUAUUUGCUGGCUCAAUUUGGUCUUGGUUUUCUUGUUGCUAUGUGUAAUCUUGUAAACAAUUCAGUGUUAUUAUGCGUUACUGAUCAAGGACAAUUAACAGCUGGUGAAUCUGUUGUGGAAGAUGAAGAAGAGACUACUUUAUUAGUUGUGGCUACAAUAGCAUGGGGACUACGCAAGUGCUCACAUACUAUAGUGUUGAUACUGAUAUUUCUUAUUGCAAUAAGACCUGGUCUCAUUCAUGCUGUUUAUAUGAUUUUCUUUCUGAUUUAUCUUCUAAGCGAUGCUAUCAAUUGGAAAUUGCGCCAAGCUAUUAUCCUUUUGUGUGAGGCACACUUUGCACUUCAGUUCAUUCUUCGACUUGAUCUGAUCUCCAAUGCUUUGCACCAAAAGGGUUCAUAUGCUUUUAAAAUUCUCUCACAAUUAGGCCUGCUUAAUCAUAUCCAUUCAGUGGAUUUAUUUGAAGUAUCAAUUCUUGCUUGCUUCUGUGCAAUUCACAAUCAUGGGCUGCAAACACUCCUUUUAUUUUCAGCUAUAGUGCGGCAAACAUCUUGCCAACCAGUUGGAUUUAGCAUCUUGAGAGCUGGCUUGAUAAAACCUGUUCGUUUAUCUGGUUUUAGUCCAACAUCUAGUGAGAGCCAAGAAACUCAUGAGGGGACGACUAUAUCCUAUUUGAAGGUCAUAAGACAGAAUUUCCUCUCUGUUUAUCGGUCAUGUGGCAAAUACGUUGCUUUCUUGACAAUUCUCUUCAGUGUAUACUUUUGCACGCCCAACUAUGCUUCAUCUGGUUACUUAUUCUUUCUUCUACUGUGGAUUAGUGGACGACAACUUGUGGGGAAAACAAGAAAGCAUCUUUGGUAUCCUAUGAAAGUGUAUGCUAUAGUGGUGUUUGUCUCCAUUUACAGCAUUGGUGUCUUUUCCAGCUCAGAGAUGUGGUUUCCCAGAAUCAUUGAUCUUCAAACUGCAUUUGGCUAUGACCCGGCAGCUUCCGUGUUCCAAAAUAUUUGGGAAUCCUUAGCUGUAUUGGUAGUGAUGCAGCUAUAUAGCUAUGAAAGGAGGCAGAGCAAAAGAUCAGGAUCAAGUGACAAUGAUGCAUCAGAAAUAGAACCUUUUGCUUUUGCCAACCGUCUUUUGAUUCGGCAUGCUGAGAAAAUACUAUCUCUUGCCCUAUUUUAUGCAUCCUUAUCGCCUAUAAGUGCAUUUGGUUUUCUGUAUCUUCUUGGUCUAAUUAAUUUUUCAAGAUUACCAAAGUUGUCUCAGAUCCCUGCAAAAGUAUUUCUAGUUUAUUCAGGAGUUCUUAUAAUGCUUGAAUAUCUUUUCCAGAUGUGGGGAGAUCAGGCUGGGAUGUUCCCUGGUCAAGAGCACUCCCAAUUAUCCUUAUUUAUGGGUUUACAGUUGUAUAAGCCUGGUUUUAAAGGUUUAGAAUCGGGGUUGAGGGGAAAGGUUGUGGUUAUUGUUGCAUGCAUUCUUCAAUACAAUGUUUUUCGUUGGUUGGAGAAAAGACAUGUUAACGGAAAUGGAGAAAAAUGGAACGAACCUUGUCCUCUGUUCAAUCCAGAAGAAGUUCCUAAUGAAACUACUACCUGUACUCCACAAAGCAAACAAAUGGAGAAUUCCACUUCACCAACAUUUAAACGAGGUGUCAGAAGUCAUUCAUGGCCAACAGUUAAUACUCCAUCAUCCCAAGGGCCAGAAUCAGGGCUUGAAAUUGACAGUUCCAAAAACUUUCGAUUUCAUUUCUGGGAGAGUUCCAAGGAUAGUUUGAAGUGGAACAGAAAACGAAUUCUUUUCUUGAGAAAAGAGAGGAUGGAGAUGCAGAAGACUGUUUUAAGAGUGUCUUUGAAGUUCUGGAUAGAGAAUAUGUUCAAUUUGUUUGGUCUUGAAAUCAACAUGAUUGCAUUGCUUCUGGCUAGUUUUGCUGUGUUGAAUGCCUUCUCCUUGCUCUAUAUAGCAUCACUUGCUGCUUGUGUUCUUCUUCAUCGGCUACUUAAUAAAAAAUUAUGGCCUGUUUUUGUUCUUUUAUUUGCUUCCAUCGUCACUAUUGAAUACUUGGCUAUCUGGAUGCACCUCACUUUUACUAACCAACAGGUUGAAGAGCAAGUACCAUGUCAUGACUGUUGGAGAGUAUCCGAUAUAUAUUUUAGCUGCUGCAAAAAAUGUUGGCUAGGAAUUAUUAUUGAUGAUCCUCGUAUGCUAAUUUGGUAUUACGGGGUUUUCAUGUUUUCAUGUUUCAAAUUCCGUGCUGACCAGUCAACUAGUCUCACUGGGUUAGAGAUUUAUCAAAAAAUACUCUCUCAAUGGAAGUCAGCUUCUGUACUUAGUGAUCUUUCAUUUGAAACAAAAGGGUACUGGACAUUUCUUGACCACCUGAGGCUUUAUGGUUACUGUCACUCGCUAGAUUUUGUUCUUUCAUUGGUUUUGAUUACAGGAACUCUUGAAUAUGAUAUUCUGCAUCUUGGCUACCUUGGAUUUGCUCUGGUUUUCUUCCGCAUGAGGCUUAAAAUACUAAAGCAGGGAAAUGGAAUUUUUCGAUUCUUAAGGAUGUACAAUUUUGUCCUUAUUGUCUUGUCUCUUGCAUAUCAAUCUCCUUUUGUUGGAGAAUUAAGUGAAAUCAAACGUGGUUCAAUAGAAUCCAUCAAUGAAUUGGUUGGAUUUCACAAGUAUGAUUAUGGGUUUCGAAUUACAUCAAGAUCUGCAUUUGUGGAAAUCAUAAUAUUCAUGUCAGUAGCUCUACAGUCAUACAUGUUUUCAUUUUCAGAGUUUGAGUAUGUUUCAAAAUAUCUUGAGAAAGAGCAGAUAGGUGCAAUACUGAGACAGCAGGAGAAGAAAGCUGCUUCAAAAACAGCUCAGUUGCGGCACACACGUAAAGCCGAAGAGCUGAAGCAUCUCCGAAGCUUGCAGGUAGAAAAGAUGAAAUCAGAGAUGCUAAACCUUCAAAAUCAGCUUCAUAAUAUGAGCACCAAAGCAAACUGUAGCAGUGCUUCUCUUGAAAUAGAUGGCCUAAGAGAGAGAGGAAGCUCUUCCCUAGAUUUGAAUAAUGAAUUCAGGAUGCAAGAUCUUGAUAUAAGUACUAGGUCAAUAGGCCCAUUUGGUGUGAAUCAUUCUCUAUUGAGUGAAAAAUCUUCAACUCCUGUAAAACCAGAAUAUUGGAAGCAUCCAAUGGAUUCUCCUCAUGGAAUUGUUGGAGUAAAGGAAAGAACUAAAGGCAAUGAUUUUUCUGAUUUGGAAAGAAGCAAACAUUAUAAACUUCCGGUCAGGAAAAAUGCUCUAGUUUCAGCUAUACAUUUCAUAGGGAGCGGAUUAUCUCAAGUGCAGUCUCUUGGAAAUAUGGCAGUUAACAAUCUAAUGAACUAUCUGAAGAUAGAACAUGAAAAACUAGAGUCAACUGAAGAUUCUUCAGAGGAUGAGGAGUACUACGAGAUUGAAAUUGAUAAUCAGAAUAUGGGUGCAGAACUUCUGGAACCUACAUUUUCCGCACACUCUGUUCAUGAGCAUACCGUGCCUGAUACUGCUUACCUCCAAAUUGGAAUUAUUUUACGUUACAUGUGGUCACGAAUGAGGUCCAAUAACGAUGUUGUUUGCUAUUUCUGCUUUAUUCUAAUAUAUCUAUGGAACUUCAGUUUGCUUUCUGUGGUCUAUCUAGCAGCACUCUUCUUGUAUGCACUCUGUCAAAAUACUGGUCCCGGUUAUAUAUUUUGGGUUACUAUGCUAAUCUAUACAGAAGGGUGCAUUUUACUACAGUAUUUCUAUCAAAUCAUUAUUCAACACACUGAGUUUGAAUUCCAUAUGAGCUUACUUCAAAAAUUGGGAUUUCCUGCAAAGAAAAUAACAUCGGCUUUUGUGACAAGCAACUUCCCAUUUUUCCUGGUUUAUAUAUUCACGCUCUUGCAAACCUCCAUAACGGUCAAGGAUGGUGGUUGGACGAUGACUGUAGAUCUCAGCUUUCGCAAGAGAAGAAAUCAGAGCUACAUAGAGGAUGUAAAGUGCUCCACCUACCUGGAGAGAUUACAUAGAUUAUUUUUACCACUGAAAAAUAUACUGAAACUGUUGAUCAGAAGCCUCAGUAGGUACUGGAAAUCAUUGACAUGGGGUGCAGAAACUCCUCCUUACUUUGUGCAGCUGUCAAUGGAAGUUAACUCGUGGCCUAAAGAGGGAAUUCAACCAAAGAAAAUUGAAUCAAGAAUAAACAAGUUGCUGAGGAUCUUGCAUAAGAGGAGAUGCCGAGAGAAGAAGCAUUUUAAUUUGCACUCGGCUAGUAGGGUUCGUGUACAGAGCAUUGAAAAUGGUGAAGAAAACGAGAACUUAUGUCUUGUUGUUUUUGAGGUGUUAUAUGCCUCUCCUCCAAUUGAAUUUGCUGCCGAAGAAUGGUACAGUUCAUUAACUCCAGCAGGAGAUGUAACCAAUGAGAUUCGGAAAGCUCAACGUGCUGGCAUUUUUAAAGAAAUUGGGUUUCCAUAUCGAAUACUUUCCGUCAUCGGCGGUGGAAAAAGGGAAAUUGAUCUGUAUGCAUACAUCUUUGGAGCUGAUUUGGCUGUUUUCUUCUUAAUUGCCAUUUUUUAUGAAUCAGUUAGGAAAGCUAACAUCGAGUUUCUUGAAGUGUAUCAGCUUGAAGAUCAGUUCCCAGAAGAUUUUGUAUUAGUUCUCAUGGUUGUCUUUUUCUUGAUCGUGCUUGAUCGAAUUAUAUACCUCUGGUCAUUUGCAACAGGAAAAGUUAUUUUCUAUUUAUUCAACCUUGCUCUCUUCACAUAUUCAGUCACAAAAUAUGCCUGGGACAUGGAUCCUUUGCACAGAUAUUCUGGAAGACUAGUGCUUCGUGCCAUUUAUUUCACAAAAACAAUUUCUCUGGUUUUGCAAGCCAAACAGCUGCAUUUUGGGAUUCCACACAAGAGCACUUUGUACAGGCAGUUUUUGACCAGCAGUGUUUCACGAAUUAAUGUUUUAGGUUUUCGACUAUACCGUGCUCUACCUUUCCUUUAUGAAUUGAGAUGCGUGCUAGAUUGGUCUUGCACAAAGACAUCUUUGACUAUGUAUGACUGGCUGAAGUUGGAAGAUAUUCAUGCAAGUCUUUUUCUUGUCAAAUGUGACGCGGAGUUGAAUAGAGCCAACCACCAACAAGGACAAAAGCAAACAAAAAUUACGAAGUUCUGCAAUGGGAUAUGUUUAUUCUUUGUGUUAAUGUGUGUCAUAUGGGCUCCAAUGCUGAUGUACAGCAGUGGUAACCCAACAAAUAUCGCGAACCCGAUCAAAGAUGCAAGUGCUCGGGUUGAUAUAAAGACGUCAAGUGGAAGGUUGACAUUGUUUGAGACUACUUUGUGCGAGAAGAUAUCUUGGGAACAGCUUGAAGCCCGCACAAGUUUGGAUCCCCUGGAUUAUCUUAGUGAAUACACCGAGAAAGACAUUCAACUAAUUUGCUGCCAAUCAGAUGCAAGUACAUUGUGGCUUGUUCCACCAAUUGUACAGGACAGGUUUAUUAAGUCCCUUGGGGGGAACAUGGACAUUACUUUCUCCUGGGAAUUUAUCAGAGAUAGGCCUAAAGGAAAGGAAGUAGUGAAGUAUGAAUUAACCGUACUGGAGCAGGAUCUUCCCAAAUCUUCACAAGUGACUGAAGUUUUCAAUGGUACUUCAAAUAGUUUCACAGUAUUCAAUAUUUACCCUAGAUAUUUCCGGGUCACAGGCUCCGGAGAUGUGCGGUCCCUUGAGCAGUCGGUGGAGCUGGUUAGUGGGGAUCUUGUUCUUAACCGCGGGUAUCCAGAGUGGUGGUCCUUUUAUGAUCUUGAUAUCUCAGGUACACAUGGAUGUGGGAAGUUCCCAGGACCGAUGGCUAUAAUCGUAUCUGAAGAAACCCCUCAGGGCAUUAUCGGAGAAACUCUCAGCAAGUUCAGCAUCUGGGGGCUUUACAUUACCUUCGUGCUUGCAGUUGGACGUUUUAUCAGAUUACAAUGUUCUGACUUGCGAAUGAGAGUUCCUUAUGAGAAUCUUCCGUCUUGUGACAGAUUGAUGGCAAUAUGUGAAGAUAUAUAUGCUGCAAGAGCAAGGGGAGAGCUUGAAGUAGAAGAGGUUUUGUAUUGGACCCUUGUUAAGAUCUACCGCUCUCCACACAUGCUGUUAGAGUAUACUCAGGCUGAAUAAAUUCUUGGAAGAGUUGGGAUAUAUUCAGACUCCUACUGCAUCGUUGCAGAAUAAUGGAUAAUUGAGCAUGAUCUAACUCUCAGAUGGUUUCCGGUGGAAACAUAAAGCAGGAAGAGGAAGACCAAGUGUCAAGGCUGCUCAACUAAAUGAAUCUCGAGUUCUAUCUUUUAGCGUACGGAGCCACUCACAAACAACCAGGAGUUCACUCGAGGAUGAGAUCUUGAGUGUGGAUUACUGGUUUUAAUUCUGGGCUAUUGCAUGCUCUGGUCAAGAAUAGGUU